GAAACUAUAUAAACUAAAAGGAAAGAUUUAUUCUCAGUAUACUGAUGCCUGUCAUUUCCUAUACAACAGCUUGAUUGAGAUAAUGAAACUGGGAAAAUUUGUCGCAGCCCUUGCGGCGCUUUGUUUGGCUACAACAUGUUCGGCGUUCAGACGUACAGUCCCUGAUAUUAGCCCUUUGGAGUACUCAUACACUAAAUAUGCCGGCGGACCAACCAUUCAGAAAUACAUCAGCUACACUGGCGACGGCAUCAAGAGCUUCUGGAUCGCCGCCUUCAUCCAUGCGGACAACAAGCACGACUACUGCGUCAUCGGCCAGAUGGCUAGCAUCGGGAAUGGGACACUCCAGACAUACGCGAGCGUCAUGGACAUAACAGAGAAGACGUACUAUGGCGAGACUUUUCACACAAAAGGUCAGAUGUCCAACAACGCCACCGCCGGCGACUCUGGCCUCUUGCACAUUUGGGCGACGACAGCGGACCAAAUCUCGGAAAUCAAGGCUGUCAGCACGAUUCCGAAAGUCCCCUACGACUUCACACUUACCCCCAAAGGCCCUCUGCUCUACCAAGCUGGUGGUGGAGAUUACCAUUGGGGCCUCGGCACUGCGUGGGAGUUCGACGCGCCGGAGACUCAACUGACCGGCACGCUCACAAUCGGCAACAAGAAAGUAAACAUUGUCCCCGAAAAGUCCAUGGCCUGGUUUGAUUGGCAAUGGGGUCCUGGCUUUGCCCCUGGCGGCUGGCAUGGGGGUGCCAUCCUGCUCGACAACGGCGUCAAAAUCCUGCCCAUGAUUACCAACCCCUCGGACCUGUACACCCAAGUCUCGAUUUCGACGAUGGUGUUCCCGGACGGCCACCACGAGGUCUACCCCAUAGACCCUGACCUCCAUCCGCGGAACCCCUGGGUAUCGAACGUUUCGGGCCUGACGUACUACAAUGACUACCAGAUCAACAUCCCGGGAAAGAAGACGUCUCUGCAUUCACAUCUGUGGAUGGAAGGGGGGGAGGCGACGGUUUUGGCUGAUCCCUCGAUAGCGAAUUCGAUUAAUGAUGCGUUUGCGAUAUUUACAGGCACCUUUGAUGGAAAACCAGUGACUGGAUGGGGUAUUCAGGAGCGUAGGGUUGGUUCUUGA